AUGACCGUCGAAGUGCUCGAUUUUAAAGGAAAAAAUGUGUCUAGGAUGGAUAUUGUGAUGAAUGAAUUUCUUUAUCUGAUACGAGAAGAUCCAAAGAUUUCCCUAUAUGAAACAAGGAUUUUGGAGGCGUUUUUCGAGAUUGAAUCUGAGCAAUCUCGUUGCCAAACUCUAACCCGUGUUGUAAAUUUUAUGAAGAAUUGUUUACCGAAACUGAGGGAGAAAAUCGGAAAUGAAUCAUCGAAACAAGCGGUCGAGAAUUUCAAGCCGAUCAAGGAAUUCGAUGGUUCUGUCCUUGUGGUGAGACACGAGAAUUGGGAGGCGCUUGUUUCAUGGAUGCCUUUAGAAAUCAUCCAAAAUUCAACUCUCACCAAUGUUUGGUACACUCCAAUGUUGGCCUUUUACUUGUCAGAUACGCAACUGAGUGAGAAGGAUUUGAAAGUGAUCAUGGAAAGUUGUCGUCGUAGACGUGAUCAAAAGCAAAUCUCACAACGUUCAAGCUCAAGAAUGGUGACUCAUAAUGAUGAGAGAGCUCCGUCACCCCCAGCUAGAAGCUCUUCUCGACUCACGAGAAGCAACUUCAGUUGUCCAAUUUGUUUUGAUGAUUAUGAUCAAUCAUCGCAUAAACCGAUGAUCAUCUCCGAGUGUGGGCACACUCUUUGCCAAACUUGUGUCAAUAGAUUAGUUGAAUGUGCAGAAUGUCGUGCUCCAAUUCAGCGUGUUAUCGUCAACUUUGCUUUCAAAAAUGCGAUCGAAGAACGAGAUGUUCAAGUGAAUCAAUUAAAAAAUCUCAUUUUUGCUCAGGAAAAUGAGAAAAAGACGACUGAAGAGACCAUAAAAUUGCUUCAAAACGAAUUGGAGACAAAGAUGGCACUUUUGGUUGCUGAAACUCUUGAUAAGAAAGUUUCUCAUGAAAGCAUUCAAGAGAGACAAAAAGCUCAAUUUGAGAUUGAGAAUUUGAAGAAACAAUUGGCUCAGAUAAAAGAAAAAGCAAAACUAGAGACCGAAAAAAAAACGAAAAAUCAAGCGUCUGUAGAGAAACACAUGGUUUUGGUAAGCGGACUACCGGAAAAGAAACCGACGGCUACAAAGAUUUUCAAAGAUUUGAUAGCUGCGUUCACUGACGAGCCGUUGAAAAUAGAAUUCGUGAAGCCGGCUUCUCUCGGUCAAGCACUUGUCACAUUUAAUCAACUUGAUUUUGCUUUAAAAUUUAUCACACUUUACAACCAGAAAAGUUACGGGGAUACUGAUUUUUUGAUGAAAAUCGAACUUUUCAAGGAAACAUCUUCAAGGAAUUUAUCGGUUCCAACAAAAGAUGAGCACAGUGAUUCGGAGAUUUCAAGAAGUUCUUCGCCUUCUCAGCCAAAUCGGAAUCUUGAAAUUGACAAGACGAAGAUUUUCAUAAAAAAUCUUCCCUCACAAGCCACAAAUCAGAAUGUGAUCAAAUGGAUCUUCAAAGACAAUCCGAAUUUGGUAUUGGGAAGUUUAUCUCUGAAAUUGGAUCCUUUUGGAAUGCAGACUUGUAUCGCAAAGUUCCGGAAUGAAAAAGAAGUGGACAAGAUAAUCUCGGAGUUCAAUAAUAAGGUUUAUCCGGGUACGGAAACAAUUCUGCAUGUCCAACAUUUCAAAACAAAUCAGCCGAAAGGAAGAUCGAAAUCGAGAGAUCCCCAACCGCGGAAAGCUGUUGGUGGACGAUUCAGUGGUAGACCGUCUUUGUCUCCAACUCGCUCAGCACAAUCAUCAAACUUUUCGAAUCUGGCUCAAAGACCUCAAGAUCAGUUCAAUCCAUUCAAUUUUCCAAUGCCUCCAAUGAUCCCUCAAUUCCCUGGCUUUCAAAUCCUUCCACCUCCUUAUCAACCUCAAAUUUUUCCAAAUAUUUAUCAAAAUAAUCAGAUCACUUCUCCAACGAUUUUUAUCUCAAAUCUCCCAUUGAGUACAUCUCGCGCGGAUCUGAUCGAGUAUUUUCACAACAAGACUCUUGAAGGAGAGUCGAUUCAAGUGGCUGAAGUGGAUGGAAUCAAAUUUCUCCCAUCGCUUCAACCAAAUCCCAUCCACAAAACCUGCUUGAUCACUUUCAAAACGCCAAGAGCAGCUCAAUUGGCUCAACGUUAUUUCUUUGGAAAGCCUUUUCAACAUCCUGGUUGUUUUUUGAACAUCGAGUUACGUGGCCUUCAACCGCAAACGAGUCCUUUUAUGCAGGAAAAUCGAGUUUUAAUCAAAAAUCUGCCUGCAUCGGUGACCGAAAAUGAUCUUGUCGAGAUGUUUCAUCAAAUUUGCAAAAUCGCUCAUGAUCAAGAUUUAAGGCCAAAGAUUAAUUUGAAGCGACUUCCAAAUGGGACAAGCGAAGCGAUAAUUUCGUUUCAAACUUUGGAAGGAGCGCAGAGGAUUUCUCUCCUCUACAAAGCACACGAUUUCCAGGGAAAAACCAUUCACGCAUCGUUGAUU